AUGCAGCGUCUACUCCGUCAUCCGCCCGGCCUACGGCAACCGCCUCCUGCUGCCACGUCAGCUUGUCAAAGACAGGGUCAUUCUAUCAUGCACACUCUUCCCCCUCCUCUGACUCCAUGUCUAUCUGCGGCACAUGAUCCAAAAUCGCCGCGAACCUACGCCGGUUCUCGUCCCCCAGGCCCCUCAGCAGCUUGUCCAGAUAAUGCUGCACCUUGCUGCUCUCACCAAGGCCUCGAUUGAGCGCCCCAGCGCCGUCGCGAUAGGUCUCGAGAUCAUCGACGUAGAGGUAGAGCUUGCUCUUGCACUCUGCCAGCUGCUGCUCGAGGUCCUGGUACCUCUCCUGUAGCUCCUUCUUCUGCGACUCGACCACACGCACAUGCUGCUCCUGGUCACGCUGCAACAGAAACUGCUGGCCCCUCUGGUUUUCCUCGGCCGCUAGCCUCGCCUCGGCCUUCUCCUUCUCCCUCUGCAUGGCGUCCAGCUGCUGCUGCACCACUGUAAUCUGCGCCUGCGCCUCUACAAGCGACGCCGAAACUGUUGAUCGGCGCUGAGCCUCCUCCGUCUGCAGAACGCUCUUCUCGUCGUCCAUCUGCUGACGGAGGGCUUCCAUCGCCGCAGAGUGAUCGCGCUGGGCUGCCUCCAUGGCCAUGGUGUGCCUGGCCGUCUCGUCGGCGAGUCGCAUCUCGAGGUCCAGCUUGUCUUUCCGCAGCUGAGCGUUCUGGCAGUCCAUGGACGCGGUGGUGGCGGUGUCGCUCUGCUGGCAUUCCUCUAUCCGCCGCGUUAGGGUGGCGAGCUGGCGCAGGGCCUCGUCAAGACGAUGGGAUCCUCCCGUGGCCCGUGAUAGUAGCGCCUCCUGAUCGAUCAAAGAAGAGAGCUCAUCGAAGGGUAGGUGUGGUGUAUGCGUGUUUGUGUUGACUGGUAUCGCACCUUGAGUGCGAUGUUCUUCCGAAGCUCUCCGACCUCACUUGUGAGUUGGUGACGCUGACACCCACACACACCGAUGAUUCAUCCAUCCUCCCACCAUCCCCCCGUCCCUCUGUGUGCCCACCUCUUGGUCGCGUGCCCUCCAGAGCUCCUCCAGCUCGCCCUCGAGUGCCCUCACACGCUGCUGAGCCUUCUCCCGCUGAGCGUCGGCAUGGCCCUGCACAUUCCUCAAGGCCUCCUGGUGCCGCGCCCUAUCCUCCUCUCGCUCGCGACGCAGGUCGUCGAGCUGGCUUUUGACACGCUCCAGCUGCCUGCUCUUGUCCUCAAUCAUUGCCUUCAGGUUGGCCACUUCGUCGUCUCUGCUGUCAUCUCGUCGAGUGAUGCGACCAGAGGGGGUGCGGAAGGACGGGCUCUCCUUUCCCUCCUCUCUGGUCUCGGACCGGGAGGCUUUGAGACCGAUCAGGGACGCUUGUGUGGUUCUCAAGUGGUCAAACAGGGUGCCCCUGACCUCCUCGAGCUCAAGCAGCAGUUCCCACAGCACUGGGCCACCGAAACUGGCCAGCAUCUCAUGUUUGAGUGGCCCCUUGGCGCGUUGAAGAUAUGACUCGACCCCCUGCUGCCAGGCCCCGCGGACAUCGACCAGCGACACAGGGGCCGGCAGUGCGGCCGCCGACGCAGAAGCAACAUCUCCGCCGUCAGCUGUUGGCAGAGGUGCGUGUGCGGCAUCCGACGCGUGGGUCACAAAGGCGCUCCGCAGGGAGUGGAAGGAUGACGCCUUGCCCUCGCCAUGAGUGGAUAGCUCUUCCUCGAGAGCCCUCUGACAUAACGCUGCCGAGCGAGUGUGGUUGUCUGCCUGCCGCCUCAACAGCUUCUCGUGGAUAGUCGAGAGGAGACUCUGAUGGAUGAAGUUCCAUGACGGGCUGACCUGCACAAAUGGAAUGACACACGUAUGCAUACGCACAGCCGUCCGUCGACAUCCGCCCUCCCUCCGUCCGUCCGUGUGUGUCUUGCUGGCUGACCAUGUAGCUGGGUAGAACCAGGCCACUCCUCUGUCGAAACCCAUCGAGUGCAGCGUCGCGGGCCUUCUCGUGCAGCACGUACAGCUCGCUCGACUCAAGCGGCACCCCGGUGGCCUUCGCCGGCAGGACGUCAUCGAGGACGCCUUCGAACAAAGCGCAUGCCUGCCGAGAGUACUGCUGGAGCUCCACGAGCAACGCCUCCUGGUAUGGCUCCGACACAGCCAUCAGUGGCGCCGAGUGCGAAGUGUCCGCUGGGGGCUGCGUCGCCGACCACCCGUUUAGCGCCUUGACGAUGGCUUCCGUAAAGGCACAGAGGAGGGAGGGCGGCAUGAGGCGGCCGCACCAGAACCGUUUUGGCGGGCAGGUGGCAGAAAAGAGUGCGUCAGUGAGGGUCGUCUCGCCGCCAGGGAGGACGACGAUUCGUCUGUGGGGAAAGGCCCGCACCACGGGCUCGUCCUGCUCGUCACGGCUGGUCGUGUUGGUGCUGCCGGUGCUGGAAGGGAGCGGGGCAAAACUCAGGGGUGCGAAGCGUCCCUCGAGGCCAGACUCCUCUCCUUCGCCUGUCCUCUCCUUGGCCCACACGAUGCACGGCAUCUCGUCACGGCAGAGUCUCGGUGACCUGGCGGCACCAUCUGCCUGUGGCGGGCGCAGGGUAAGCUGCAGGGCCGUGGAUGUGAGCAGCUCCACCGCGGCCGAUGAAUCGAUCAGCACCACCGAGCUUAUCAGAAGGGCCAGGGAAACCAGCUGGAUUCUUGCCUUGUGAUCAGGGCAGCUGCCCGGCAGACUGCAGAUGAGGACCACCACCAAGUGCUCUGCACUGAUCUCCCGUGGCUGCGGAUGGAUGAGUAUCCCGCUCGGCGGACAAGCAUCGUCAUGGCUGAGUGCUGGGCCGGCGAUAAGAUCUUGAAGCGGGGAUGAAGCUCCGAAGGCCACGAUGCACACGACGCUGACUUUGGGCGUCUUGAGUGAGUGCAGCAAGGCAGCCCCAGGCUGACAUAAUGACAAACGUCGAGUGCCACAAUCAAAGGACACCAAAUGGAGGAAGGACGACCUCGUCAUCUCCUUGGAAGGAGCUCAUUCCCU